AUGAGGACGCCGUACACGUGCAGACAGUGUCUUUCACAGUUGAAGACACCACGAGCUUCACUGCGCUCUCCGCAAGCCCUCCGUCCGUUGGCCCAGAAUGCGGCAACAUCACGAAGUCACUUCACCAAGAGUCCAGCACCGCCAAAACUAGCCCUGCCAAAGCGCAGCCUCUCUACGACCCCGCAGCGAGCAUUCGAAAAGCCGUUCGAGCCAUAUGAAUACAUUGACCCUGAGGGAAUUCGCCGGACGAGGGUUCUGACCGAGGAGAAUCUCUUCAAUUCGUUCUCCAACUCGCCUAUCCCGCAAAUACGGAAGCGCGCAGCUUUCAUGCGCCAGCAUGCCUAUUGCCCGCAUCCUUCGCACCAGCCUACACGUGCCAUCAACAACCCUAUGGAUCUCGAAGCCCGGAAGUCCUCUGAGACGGGUACCCCCCCUGCGCACGUAGAUUUCGAGUGUCCAGACUGCGGCAUUCCGGUAUACUGUUGCGAAGAACAUUGGGCAGACGAUUACGAGGCACAUCUGGAAGUCUGCGAUGUGCUGAGGCAGAUUAACGAGGAUGACCACGAUCUGCGGAGUGGGCGUUUCUUCCGCGAGUUCCAAUUCGCUGAGCCCCAGAUGGAGGAGAUUUUGGUCAACAUGACGAGCUGGGACACGUACCUGUACACUCGUGACUUUGAUGCGCUCAAUGAGGACCGUGAGAUGAGGCAGGCGACAAAGCUUCUGACAUAUCCCAUGACCAUUGCCAGCAUUCUGAAUGAGUUGAGUCCCUAUAAUAUCCGGAAGAAUGGACGCAUGACACCAGAGGGAUUGAAGAGCUUUAGCGCACUCCGGCAUACGCUUCACCCACCCCGAACAGGUGGUGGUGACACUUGGAAGAAUGCACGUAUCGCUCCACCCUCUGUCCGCCUCUUCAUUCUCGGCGCACGCGCAGAAUCCUCCCUACCCCGCGAAACAUGGAUGCAACUUGCCUAUCUCUUCCACCGUGUUCAGUUCUCUUUGAAUUUCAUCGGACCCGAGAGCAUGGCGAACCGCGAGAAAGAACUGCCCCUCCCCGAGCGCACGCCCCUAAAUCCCUUUGGCGCUGUAAUCGAAGACCGCAUCAGCAAUGCCAUGAAGAUCAGCACUUUUGUUGAAUAUUAUCACAACAUCCAUAAGACGGGCUACUUCUACCCCUACGACCCCUACUUUGACUGUUUCGUAGUCUUCCAUCCAGGUUUCGGCAACCCUGCCUCAGCCCACGAGUGGGAAGAAACGCUACCGCUUCUCCUCGAGACCAAGGUUCCGAUCAUUGCAACCGGCUACAGUCCAUGGGAUAUGCAGCAAGAUGUCGAAUUUUUGAACAAGAGGUUCGGUAAUGAGAUGGAUAUGCUGCUUGAGCCCGGCGAGAAUCUGUUCCGAAGCUUGCGUUGGGAUCUCAACGAUCUUGACCCUCACGAUGUCACGUGCAGCAACUGGGGAGUAUACUCUUUCCGCGGCAAGAGGUACGAGGCCACGAAGAGGGAUGAAGAGAAGGAGGUGCACAGUGAACGGACUGAGUGA